AUGCCCUCGCAUGGUCCGCCGUCUCCCAAUCCCCAACCCGGUACCAAGCGCCAGCGGCAGGAGUCCUACGACGGCAGCUCGCCUCAGAACGGGCAGCCCAGCCCGACGGAACAGCAGGGCGAUGCCCUCGCCGGACUUGGCGGCGCCGGCGCCAGCAGCAAGGCCGGCCAGAGCAGCAACUUUCGCAACGUGAGCGCCUGCAACCGCUGCCGCCUCCGCAAGAACCGAUGCGACCAGAAGCUGCCCAGCUGCGCCAGCUGCGCCAAGGCCGGCGUUGCCUGCGUCGGAUACGACCCCAUCACAAAGAAGGAGAUUCCUCGAAGCUACGUCUUCUACCUCGAAACACGGGUCGAGCAACUGGAGAAGCUGCUCAACGCCAACAACAUCUCCUUCCCACCGGCCGAGAACCUGGAGCUGUGCUCCCGCCCCGGCGUCGAUGCCUCGAGCACUCUGUCCGGCGGUGAUAGCACAUACUCUGGGCGCUCCGAGAUCGGGGAGCGCGCCAAGUCGCACAGCCAAGUCCUCGAAACGCUGAAGGCGAAGAAGGCCGGUCAAAGUCCCGCGAUGCUGAACAUUGUCAGCCCCUCGAAGCCGAGAUCACUCGCCUCUGCAUCGGGCGUUUCGUUCGCCCGGGUCGUCUUCGCCGCCGUGCAAUACUCGGUCUCGGAUAGCAACACUGCGGGCGACCGCUCUGGAGGUCGAAGUCUCACCGGUAACGCGACCUCGAUGCGCGAUUCCUUCUUCGGCCUGCACGCGAAGCCGACUAUCCAACCCGCGCCGUUCCCCGCCAAAGAGGUCGGCCUGAGGCUGGUCCAUCUGUAUUUUGAGCACGCCAACCCUCAAAUUCCAAUCCUUCACCGCGGCGAAUUCAUGAAGGUGUUCAACCAUGCCUACGAGACGGGUGGCCAGGAUCUGGCGCCGAGGGAGCUGUAUCUGCUCAAUAUGGUGUUCGCCAUCGGAUGCGGAGUCAUCGUCGGCGAGCCGGUCAAGACAGAAGCUUCGGACGGAGACAAGAUGGCCAUUGACGAAGGAAAAGGCCAGAGCCAGCCCGAAGAGUACCACGCGAGCGCCAUCGUCCACCUCGAAUCGUGUUUGAGCUUCAGCGCCGGAGGUCUCGAGGUGCUGCAGGCUGUGCUACUGCUCGCCAACUUUGCGCUACUACGUCCCGUGCCGCCUGGUCUUUGGUAUAUCACCGGAGUGGCUGUUCGCUUGGCCGUAGACUUGGGGCUGCACCACGAAGACGGCACCGACGUUGAAGGGAUGCCGCCGGAUCCGUCUUCCGAAAUGGACACGACAGACGGCGACACGAGCGCACGCGGGAACGGCUCGCAGGAGCGCGGGCGGCGGCUAUGGGUCCGCGACAUGCGAAGGCGCCUGUGGUGGUGCACGUACUCGUUUGACCGGUUGGUGAGCACAUGCGUGGGCCGGCCCUUUGGCAUCAGCGACCAAGUCAUCACGACCGAACUACCAUCGCUUCUCGACGACGAAUACAUUACGCCGAGCGGGUUCCUGGAGCCCCCCGAGGAUGACGAUCGGCCGAGCUACAAGCACGUAGCGCACCACUACUUCCGCCUCCGCAUGCUGCAGUCUGAGAUAUUGCAGGUGCUGCAGUACAACCAGGCACAGCUGGCGCGCGUGGGCGGCAAUCAGGGCAAACAGUAUCCCGAAAUGCACACUCACCUGCCCUCCCCCUUCCUGGUGCAGUUCGACUCGUUCCGAUCCUGGCGCAUCGAUAUCGACAGGCGGCUGUACCAGUGGAAGGCAAAUGCUCCGACCAGAAGCGAAACUGGCGUGGCAUUCUCCACCGAGUUCCUCGAGCUCAACUACUGGCAGGCCAUCAUCAUGCUCUACAGGCAGAGCUUGAGCGUUCCAGCCAUGUUUGAGGGCGAAUACAACACUUCCGACGAGGUCAACAGCCCAACGGCUUUUACGGCAGAGUUGCGUGAGGACGAAGAUCGCAUCUACCUCAAGGUCGCCGAGGCAGGUCAGAAGAUUCUUCGAAUCUACCGGCAGCUGCACCUCAGUGGGCUUGUGAGCUACACGUACCUGUCCACACACCACCUCUUCAUGGCGGGAAUUUCAUAUCUCUAUGCCAUAUGGCAUUCACCAGUUGUGCGGAGCCGAUUGUCUAUGGAUGAGGUCGACUUCACCGUUCUCGCGGCCAAGUCCGUGUUCACAGACAUGAUUGACAAGUGCCCGCCGGCCGAAACGUGCCGCGACGCCUUUGACCGCACCGCCAAGGCGACGAUCAAGAUGGCCAGCUCGAGCGGAGGUUUUGGUCCCGCGUCGCAACAACCGCGGCGGCAGAGGCGCGAGACGGUGAACUGGGCCUCGGCGCCCGAUGCUGCGACCCUCAAGCCUCCGUCCCGAAGGCCGAAUCAGUCGGAACAAGCGCCGUUCCAGUUCGACCUGUCCAUAUCCGACAACCUGUCGUCGCCUAGCCUGUCGGCAACGGGUGAGAUGCACACGCCGCCCUUGGGCAAGUCCAAGACGUUUGAAACGGACACGUUCAUAUCCGGGUCUCGCUCUCAGAGUGGCCCGAGCCCCGGUAACAGGACCAUCAGCCACGACGGGGGCUCCUCCAUCGAUCCGUCUCUUGUUCCUUCGCCGCCCGUCUCACGGCGAACCGGGAAUCAACACGGGGGCUCGGGCGGUACCUUUAUGGGACAGCAGUUCGGCAUGCAGGGCUCCAUGGACUACCCUGACGCGCAGACCAUGGAAUUCCUUCAGAACCUAGGGGCGACACCCAACGGCGACAUGAACAACAUGGAGCAGGCGCAGCUGGAUCUCGGCUUCGGCAUCAACUGGGAGGGGAUGCACAACGACUACGGCGAAGGGCAGCAGAUCAACCCCUUUGACACGUUCUUCUUCGGCGGGCAGCAGACCGGAGGCGGCGGAGGCGGCGGCGGUGGAAACGGAGGGGGCGCUGCUGGAAGUGGUGGCAACAAUGGCAAUGGGGCUGCGUAG